CAUGAACUAAGGACAUGGAACUAAACCCAGACUCUCAUACAAGACACACAGACAGGAUCAUGACACUCAUGAUGUGAUGCGAAGGGUUGAUCUUGUACCUGAUCUCCAGGAUUGUGUAAAAAUCUGACUCCAGUCUCAAAAUCACUGCUCUGAAGAUAAGAAGUGCAGUGGUCCCUGAGCUACUGCUCCUGCAUCUUGCGUCCAGAGACUGCAAGGCAUGCUCUGCCUCCUGGCACAGGUGUGAUUCUGGGACAGAGAUGGGGAGGAAGGAGGAAGCAGAUGUAGGAGGAGGAAUGUCCCAAGACUACUGUACACACAUGUUCAACCAGGAAACUAAAAUGGUCCUGAUUAUGAAGAAUAUGAAGUAUAAAAGGGGGAAGCUUGACAGAGAAAGAGUGCAUAGAAGCAGAGACUUCAAAACCACAAGGAUGAAGAAGAUUGCAGUCUUGAUUCUAACGUUUAGCUGCUGUCUAUGUGAAGUGCAAGUUAAUGAAAACGUCCGUCAGUGCUCAGGAUCAGCCAGCUGCUGUGACACCUGCUGUCUCACCUCCAUCACUCAAAACCUGGGAGCAGUGGGAGAGAAAAUCACAAACAUGGCGGAAAAAAUAACACUCCUGGAGGAUAAGUUGCAAAACACUGAAAAAAAAGUCCUGGAGCUGCGAAGCCUGACUGGAGGGACACCUCAGGUGGCCUUUUCUGCAGCUCUCAGGGAAUCUGGCUCUGGAAACACUGGACCUUUCACCACUGCUGCCCCACUGCAGUAUAAGAGGGUCUUUUCCAACACUGGCAAUAGCUACAAUCCUUCAACAGGUAUUUUCACAGCAAUGGUCAAAGGAAUGUACUUCUUUCGAUUCUCCAUGUUCAACAACCUCAAUCCUGUUCCCAACUCUGUUGUGAGCCUCAUGAAGAACAGUGAACGGCUAACAUCUGUCUGGGACACUGCAGGGUCUGAUGCCAAUGACAUGGGCAGCAACGCUGUGGUCAUCCCCCUCGAGGUGGGAGACAACGUGUACGUGGAGCUCCAAGCAAACAGGAUGGUCUAUGAUGAUGGCAUGAACUACAACACCUUCAGUGGUUUUCUGCUCUUCACUAUUUGAUUUAAACAACAGGAUUUUAGGUCUGAAUGGGUCUAAUGCUUUGACAGUAAAAUUAAAAUACACUUUAUUCAUUCUGUGUUUAGCUGAAAAAGCAGCAAAUUAGAGAAAUUUGCUUGAGAAUAAAUGUGAGUGGUUGUUUGUCUAUCUGUGAUGCAAUGGACUGGCAACCUGUCCAGGGUGUACCCCGCCUUUCGCCCAAUGUAAGCUGGGAUUGGCUCCAGCCCCCCGCGACCCUGUACACAGAAUAAGCGGUUGAUGAUGGAUGGAUGGAAUGGGAACUCCCUUGCCACUGGCAGUGGCACCACCCUUAUUGUGAUUAGAUUACUACUUUAUUUUAACUUUAACUCAAUUGCCACCAGCUCACAUCACACAACAUACUGUAUAAUAUAAACAGAAAGGACAACCAGUGUGAACACACAGGACAAGACAUAAAAAAGCAAUGCACCCAUCAAGAGUCCUGAUUAGAGCUGAAAGGUUUCGACAAAUAUGACCAGCUGAAGACCUUAAAAUCAAAAAUCUGAAAUAUUCAUUAAUGGCGCACCCAGUAAAGAUUGUUCAUACAUAGGCUACACACAACACAAAGCUACGAGACACGCAGGUAGCCAGCAAAGGGCGGUGCCUCCUCAAUUAGCAUCAUCACAGCUGUAUCUUCCUGCUUCCCAGGAAAUUUCAACACAUGUCCUCCUACGAUUCUGGCAAUGCCCCCUUCUCCACCUGCAAUGUCAGCAGUACCUAACUCGGAGUCUCACCCAACUUUCCUGGAUCUGCUGGAAGAGGCUAUGGAGUCUAAUGCGACUUGUUGAUCAAGACUAUUGUUACACACUUCGAAUCCCAGCUUCUCUCCACUCCCCUGUAGCUUCACCAGUAUCAAGCAAUAUUCCCACAGCUUCACAACCUGAGGUCUCUAGCACAGAUGCCUGUUCACUUGAGGCUUCAGUCGAGGUUGCUGCAGUGUCUCAUGACACAAUGAAACUGCCAUCUCACCGUGUCAGAAGUUCAAAGUGGGAGUGGUGCCCACAUUACUCACUUUAACAAUAAAAGCACUGGGUGCCUAUACAAGAAGCUUGCGAGGCUAAGGGAUAUUACUUCACAUCUAAAAAAUAUAUGUGUUGAUGAAACACUGGGAACAUUUGCUGUCCAAAAAGUUUCUUAUGGGGUUUCUGUGCCGAUCCAUGUACAGCGAAAAACGUGGGAAAAUCAUCAUCAGAUAAAGUGUGGGUUGGAGGAAUGUCAUAAGUAUCAGUUGCUUGCAAAGGAGAGUGGGCUACUUUACAGUCUGUGUGAGCAGAUCACAGGAUUACUGCAGCAGAACUGCGAACGAGGAGUUUCUUAAAACGGAGAUUCUUGAGGAGUUGGUGUCUCAGCAUAUUGUCGAAGAAUCUAUGAUGGCAACCUGCAAAUUGAGGCAAAAAGCAAUGAAGAACGAUCAUUUGCCUUUUUCUGUGUUGGAUGGGAGGUUCCACUCAACUGUGUCUCUCUGUUCAUGAGCCCAAAAUGCGCAGUUUCUCCUGCUUUGGCAGUUAUAGUCACUAGUAAUUUGAAAAAACACACCUCGCAUUGACCCAGUACAAGUGCUCAUAAAUCAUGUGUACAUAAAAGCAUUGGUAAAUGGCACGUACUUCAAAGGUCUCCGGUCUGCAGCAACUCAAGCGACAUCUCAGUCUUACAUUCACAUUGUGAAAAAAUAAUGACAUGUAGCAUGUAAUAGAUACAGCAUGAUGGUUUGAGUAUAUCUUUUAAUACAAUUCAAAGACACAUUCCUAAGGUAACUGUUACUACUUACAGUGCUGUGUUAAAAUUUUGACACCCCUUAAUUUUUUGCACAUUUGGUUUUACAAAGAUGUCUUUUGGAUAUUGUAAUGGAUAUACAGUGUUUAUCUGUUACACAAAAAAAAAUAUUGUUCCAUUGCGUAAUUGUUUAAAAGUAGUUUUUGAA